AUGAGCCACGAAGCUCAUCACCAUGAGGAAAGAAGCCCUCUCAGUUUCUUCGCCACUCCUCUCCAUGAGAUUCCCUCCCCAGCUCAUCAUUACAGCAAUGGAGGAAACUCUGAUACCGACGUCGAACAACAACACAAGACUACUGCACAUGCACAUGCACUCGAUGCCUCUCAACCCAACUUUGAGAACAUGGACUGCUCACUACACGAGAGUCCGGCGUUCCAUCGCCAUGCUGAGGCCACCACUGCAGAACUGUUCUACGAUUUGUUCUUUGUGGCAAAUCUGACCACCUUCACAUCCAUGCUCGAGAUCAACGAUCGUCAUUCGUUGACUGCAUACAUCGGCUUCUUCAGUCUACUGUGGCUCACCUGGUACCAAGUGUCACUUUACGACGUGCGCUUCAGCGCCGACUCCGUCUUCGAGCGCACUGCGAAAGCCAUCCACUUCGGCGUCAUGGUUGGUUUCGCUGUCAUCGGUCCUCAGUGGAAACCUGGUCAAGCACAAUCAGACUACAAGAUUUACAAGGCUUUUGGGUUGAUUUUGAUGGUCUCACGUCUGACCUUGUUUACUCAGUAUGGUGUCACUCUGUGCUACACAAAGAAAUUCAAGACGACUGUGCUUCCCAUCUUGUUAGUCAUGGCUUCAACACUAGUCGCCGCUAUUUUGUACGGCGCCCUAACCCCUAUCUUCCCCAAUGAGACGAUCGAAGAGACGUACUCUAAUGCUUACAUUGCGUGGUACAUCAUCGCCAUCUCGGAAACCAUCCUUACUGUUGCAGUUUCCUGCUACUGGGAUGUUAUCUCGUUUGUCGGCACACAUAUGGUACAGCGGAUGUCCCUCCUGUCCCUGAUAAUUCUUGGAGAAGGCAUCAUCGUUGUCUGCAAGUCAAUCUCGAAGAUCGUGAAAAACGAGUUCCUCUGGUCGGCAGCUGUCGUGGGCCAGAUCAUCGCGGCGGUACUUAUUAUCUACUGGUACUACCAGUUGUACUUCGACCGUAUGCAGGAAGAACAUUUUGGGAGUAUCAAGCAACAGAUGUGGUCGAUCUUGCAUUUCCCGCUCCACCUUGUCUUGGUACUUGUCUUGCAAGGAGUAUCGCUACUCAUCAUCUGGCGACAGGCGGUGGAAGCAAUGAACGCCUGGGUCACAGACUUUGCACCAGCGAUUCAAUGGCUCGCAGCCGUUGUCGAAAACGUGGAAAAUGCUUCAACUUUCCCGGAAGGCACAUAUUUCGGAUCGUGGGCAGCAGCCUACGGCGAGAACAAAACGGUCGGAUGGAUCUUCGCAUCCUUUGCUAAUGAAACCUCCUACAACCAUGUUUAUCUAUAUGUUCCGAAAGGUGUUGAUGCGUCCAAGGAAAUCGAGGCUGUGGCGACGGCUACCUACGAUCUUUGGGAGGGUAUUAACAACACUUUGUUUGAUAGUUUCAGUGUCACUGUGGCCAAGAGCAAAAGCAAGACGAGCAGCAAAUCGUUGCCAGACUUUGAGACAGUGAGCAACCAGUACUACGCCAUCUUCGACCUGGUCAUGACUUAUACUUUCAUCGCUGGCGGUCUCGCACUCAUUCUCAUCACAGCUCUUGGCGUCCUCUCCCUUCCUAAACACGAACGCCGCCUCUCGAUCUACAUACGAUCGGCUAUCUGCGCCGCCUUUGGGGUCGCACUUUGCUGCUUAUCAGCGAUUCGGUACAACGAUGGCCAAAUGAUUGUAUGGUUGGGCAGUGCGUGGAUGAUCCCGACCAUCUGUCUUGUGCUGUGUGUAUGUGUCAUCAUUACACAUGUAAGACUUUACAAAAAGAAGACCCAUUAGUUCGAAGUUGAUGCGCUUUUGAACUGCUGAGUCUGCCCAAGGGUAAUCUGCGUUGUGAAUUCCGAUUAAGGAAGGUGUGAACUCUAAAGAUAGAGCUCUGGCUCGUUGCUGUGUCGAUCGUUGUCGUACCUAAUAGUAAGAAGAUAGAUAGUAUUGAAUAAUGAGAUAGUAGAAAAUAGCAUGCAAUUGCGUAUGUGCACAUCCUCAGCG